UGAAAAUUUUAGAAUCAUCCUCAACAUCCUGUGUACACUAAAAUUUCUGACGUCAUGAACAUUUGUGCUCAUAACAAAUUUGAAAAAUGUCAAAUUUGUCUGUUAUCUCGCGAAUUUCUACACUAAAUAACGAUGCAUAGUGGGACUAAAGUAGUCCAUGAACGAGGUUAUCCAUGAGUUCAAAAAGAAGAUUUCGAAUCAGUAAAGUGAGUGAGAGCUCAUCUCGAACAAUGCAGCACACUGUCCUAGAGGGCGCUCUGAACUGUAUCGCUACCAAUAAGGACUCCUCCCAAGUGGUAGUAGCGGGCAGAAAUGUGUUUAAGAUAUUCUCCAUAGAGGACGAUCAGUUUGUAGAGAAGCACAACUUGAGGGUUGGAAGAAAUAUCAACCUCAACUUUAGUGCAUCAAAUGUGGCCUGGAACCCAGUAGAUGAUCAUAUCUUGGCAUCUGCAGCAACCAACAGCUCUGUGGUUAUAUGGGAUCUCAAUAAAACAUCAAGGUCAAAGUUAGAUACUGUAUAUUCUGAGCACAGAAGGUUUGUCAGCAAGGUUGCGUUCCACCAUACAGAGUCACAUCUUCUGCUUAGUGGCUCACAGGAUGGAUUCAUGAAACUCUUUGACCUGAAGAAGAAAGAGGUUUGCACUACAUUUAGUGGGCGCUCAGAAAGUGUGAGAGAUGUCACAUUCAACCCCCAUCAUUACUUCCAAUUCGCUGCUGCAUUUGAAAAUGGCAAUGUGCAGAUUUGGGAUCUACGCAAGUUGGAUAAAUGGGAACGUCAAUUCACAGCGCAUAGUGGUCCAAUAUUCUCCUUAGACUGGCAUCCAGAUGACAAAAACAUCCUUGCCUCUGCUGGCAGAGAUAAAACUAUAAAGAUAUGGGAUAUGCAGUUAUUAAAGCCAAAGAAUCUACACACAGUGCAAUCUAUAGCAAGUGUUGCCAGGUGUAAGUGGCGACCACAAAGGAAGUACCACAUAGCAAGCUGUGCCUUGUUAGUUGACUGCAGUGUGAAUGUAUGGGACAUUAGGAGACCAUAUAUUCCAUUUGCAGCUUUUAAAGAACACAAAGAUGUCGUAACAGGCAUAGUGUGGAAACAGAAUGACCCUCAUGUGUUCCUCUCUAGCAGUAAAGACUGCACCCUCUGGCAGCAUAUGUUUAAAGAUGCAAGCCGACCAGCUAAUAGUGCCAAUCCUGUCGGGUUGUCCAUCAACAUACGUGGUGAUGUCUCGCACGCAUUCAGUGAUAAACUAGUCUCAGGUAAUAAGUCAGGUAGCAGCU